AUUGCGGCAGCCUCGAGGGAGAUACAAAAAUAGAGCCAUGAAUCUUUAGACAAAUCGAAACAAUUACAGGACGACUUUUGUCUGUCUGUGUGUACUGAAUAGUAGCAUGAAUCAUGGAAGAGCCAUAUGGCAAUGGAGUAGCUAGCCCUGCAUUUCAGUUACAGCUAGAACACAGCACGAGUUCCUCGCAAAUGAGUCAAAAACAUCCAACAAUGGCUGCAACAGCUAGUGAAGGGAGACACGGUGAAGGGAGACACGGCGAAGGCGAAAUUCAGUUUUCUCGCCUUGAGGCUCUACAUGUAGACCCGCAAAAACGUGAACUGUUGGAAGCAAGAUUUUCUACUCCUCGAAGUAUCAAUCAAGACUCUCAACACAGCAAUGCCAGUGUUUCUUCAAUAGCAAGUGAUAAAGAAUUUGAGAGCAUCACACCAAGCCAGAGAAGUGAAAAACAUUUAGGAAGAAAACGGAAAGCAAAUGCAGAUGGAGAUUCCCCUGGUUUUCUUAGUAAAAGUGGGCGCUCAGAACCAACAAAUAAAAUCACAGAGUAUUUCAAGAAUGAGAGUUCCCCAGCUCGACGAAGUCCACAGAAUCUCUUACCAUCAUUUACAUCUCAGUUUCAAGCAGAUAGCAGUUCCACUCUUCCAUGUCCAUUGAAUGUCAAAGCUUGUCCUCCUGAACCAGAGUCCGAUGGAUCAGAUGGCAUUGAGUCAGCUGGAAUAUUUGUUCACGAAUCCACACAGACAAACCUGACAACUGAGAGGUUGAAGGAAAUGGAAGAUUCCUUGUCAACUGGAGUUGCUUCAUCUCAGGAGAAGGAGAACAAGAUCGCAGAACUUACAAGGUUGGUUGAUGAUUACAAAAGCCAAGUUGAUGCUCAUCAGAAAACUUUUGAGAAGGUGAAAGAAAGUCUUGAGAAGUGUAUGGAAAUUAACAAGAAGUUGUUAAUAACAGCGUCCACCCUUGAAAAGAAAGCCGGCCGAGAGAUGUGCAUGAAGAACAGAUUGAAACUUGGUUAUUUUGUUCCUGUGAGGCAAGGAGUGUCAUUUGUAGAGAACUGGGUGGAUGGACAUGCAUUUAAAGAAUUGACAGUUCAGCAGGAAAGGAUCAAUCGACAGAGAGAAGAAUUAGAGAAACAGAAAAAAGCUUUGGCAAAAAGAAAACCUGUUUCAAAUACCACAAAUAUGAAAGAAAAAAGACCAUCUAAGUCAGCCAGCUCAGAUGGUGAUCAAUUUGCAAGACCAACAUCACCUGUACUUUCUCCAAUGGAGUACCAUGAGAGAGAGGAAAUCUUAAAACUCAGGGCAAUAGCGCUGAAAAAGGAGGAGACCGACCUUCAAAUGGAAUUAGAAAAAUUGGACAGAGAAAGGAAUCUUCACAUUCGAGAAUCCAAAAGAAUACAUAAUGAGGAUAACUCAAAGUUUAAAAAUCACCCGACCUUAAACGAAAGAUACUUGUUACUAAAUUUAUUAGGAAAAGGAGGCUUCAGUGAAGUUUAUAAGGGAUAUGAUCUCAAAGAGCAUAGAUUCGUUGCGUGCAAAAUACAUCAGUUAUGUAAUGACUGGAAAGAAGAAAGGAAGACAAAUUACAUCAAGCAUGCUCUGCGUGAAUACAAUAUUCAUAAAUCUCUUGACCACCCUAGAAUUGUUCGCCUCUACGACGUUUUUGAGAUUGGGCAACACUCUUUCUGUACCGUUCUGGAAUACUGCGAUGGAAAUGACUUGGAUUUCCUCUUAAAACAACAUAAGACAGUGCCUGAGAGAGAGGCGAAGUCUAUUGUCACGCAGACUGUAAGUGCUCUCAAGUAUUUGAACGAGAUCAAACCCCCAGUCAUUCAUUAUGACUUGAAACCUGGUAACAUUCUGCUGGUGGGUACCGGCGCACUCAGUGGGGAGGUGAAGAUUACAGAUUUCGGUCUCAGUAAAGUAAUGGAUAACAGUGACGAUAGUAUGGAUCUGACCUCUCAGGGGGCCGGUACCUACUGGUACCUCCCCCCCGAGUGCUUUGUUGUCGGAAAAGAGCCGCCAAAAAUCUCCUCCAAGGUGGACGUUUGGUCAGUGGGAGUGAUAUUUUUUCAAAUGCUUUAUGGAAGAAAGCCAUUUGGUCACAAUCAGACUCAAGCAGCAAUUUUGGAAAACAAUACCAUAUUGAAGGCGAAAGAUGUCGACUUUCCCGCCAAACCUGCUGUUAGUAUUGAGGCGAAGAAUUUCAUUCGUCGUUGCCUGAUGUAUCGGAAAGAAGAGCGAGCGGACGUUUUGACGCUAUCAGAGGAUCCCUAUCUUAAGCCACCAAUGAACAAGAAAAACAGCUCCGUGACACAGACGUAACACAACGCAAUGACAUUCGUAACGUGACUUGUUCCACGUGAAGUAACGCAAUGUCAGCUGCCAGGUGACAUACUCGGUGGUUACGGAUGGUAACCUCAGACAUUCCUUUAGAGGAGAUGUCUCUAGCGGGCUAAUCAUUUGCGAAGAGGGUUUGAUACGAACGUCUGCGGAAUAAGAUGACAUAUGAAAUCAAAGAAAUUAUCACCAAGUGUGUGGUUUUUGAGCUUUACGUGAGUACAUCCAGGAAGCCAAGAGAGUCAUAAUGAUUGGACAUUCAGUUUCUGAGCUUCAAAAGGUAGCAUUUGUCUUAAACGUAGAUGCCGGCGUUUUCAAAUUAACUGUUUUCCUAUAGUUGUGUUAGCUUUGUAAAAGUUCACUUUAAGCUAGAUGAUGUACACUCUGUUUCACUGAGUCUAAUGAUCUUGGUACGUUGAUUUGUAAGGGUACGGUUAGCAACUUUCGUCAGCUGAAAUUACAUCGGCUCUUAAUCGUCCGUAUCUGCCCCGAGUAGGCCAAGCAAAUGAAGACCGGAACUUAAAAUAUUUGUCGGAAUAAGUAUGUCCUUUAAUGUUUUAAUCAAAUUAAACAGAACUACUUAAGCAUAUGAAUCCUGAUUUUUCGGGGUGUGUGUGUUUGCUACACAUUUCCACUCUUAAUGAGUACUCUCCUGUGAAAUCUUUCGGCCAUCUCACUCUAUUGUCAUGCCUCUAUGUAAUACGUGGAAAAACUAAUGGAAGUGGUAUAAAAAUAAAGCUGAUCCUUUCCCUUUCCUUUGGUAUUAUUUAAUAGACAAUUUCUGAGGUACAUGGCAUUUCGGCCUCAGCUGGCUGCAACAUUUCUCAUAAUGCCAUGUAACUCAGUAACUGUCCAUUAAAUAUUGUUGUAUUCUCGUCAGACUUCUUAGCCAAAUCAUCCGUUUGGGGAAAGCAGAACGACCGAGCGAGGCCACAUGGGGAUUUUGGUGGUAAAAGGGAGGAUCUUCAAAAUUUACUUUGUUGCAGUUGAACCUGUACCGCUCUCUGUGGGGUGAAAAACGGACCUCUGAUUAAG